UCACAGUUCACAGUAGAAUCAGUCGUAAACGCUUUCCCGUACAAGAGAGACGCGUCGCGACCGCGGUCAUUCCCGAUCUCGAUAAACUCUCGAUCUAUUUUUCACAGUUUUAAUAAAAACAUUGUGUGAUUAUUGUGAUCAUGUUUUACAUUAUUUUGGAACUUUAAAGUACAAGUGCACAAGGCAUGGUCUGUUCGUCAUAAAAUGUAGAUAGACACUCCAUAUAAAAAUGUAUAAUAACUCCCAAACCCUGCUCGAUAUAUUCCACGAGAUUCUCGCCGCGGCUGGCAACUCAUCUGAUCUGAACAGCAUCGACGAGUCCAGGAUACUCUCCGUGUUGAAAGAACAAGCUUCAAAGGAAAAUGGAAAGGAAAAUAUUGGAUCAGUGUUGGCUAAAGUCGUGAACGAUGCUAAACUCAACAUUACUAUGAAACAAGGCCGAUGCGGUUAUUGUGAAGGAGAUUUUAGAGACAUUAUAGACACUUAUAAUGGGAUUCAUGGUUACGUUGCCUUAAUAGUUUGUACAAUAGGCGUUAUAGCUAACACCAUGAACGUAGCAGUACUGACGAGACGGGACAUGGCCGCCGCACCCAUCAACCGGCUACUCAAGUGGCUCGCCGUCGCAGACGUGUUCGUGAUGCUGGAGUACGUGCCAUUCUCCAUCUAUAAAUACAUGGUUUUACCAGAAACGUUGGACUUUUCUUAUUCUUGGGCUGUAUAUUUGCUAUUCCAUAUGCAUUUUGCCCAAAUAUUACAUACGGCUUCAAUAUGUCUAACACUUUCGUUGGCUAUAUGGCGCUACAUUGCUAUAAAAUACUCAGAUAGAAGUCACAUCUUAUGUACAGAAAGACGAUGCAGUGUUGCAAUUUUAAGUAGCUUUAUUCUUCCUCCGAUAUUAUGCAUUCCAACGUUUAUGGUAUUUGACAUUCACACACAGAAUGUCAGCGACGUUUACGGACACGCCGACAUAGCUUACCACGUCGACUCCGACAGUCAAGGAAGCUUGUAUCAGAUCAAUUUCUGGGUUCACGGAGUACUCAUCAAACUAUUGCCGUGCUCGAUACUCACUGUUAUAAGUAUUUGGUUGAUCCGAGCUCUCUACAACGCCAAUCAACAUCAGAAAAACUUGAGAAAUAACAGCGCGUGUCCGGCUGCUGAAAAGAUGGUGAAGAGACAGCACAAAGCCGAUAAGAGAACUGACAGAACAACUAAGAUGCUGCUCGCUGUGUUAUUACUGUUUCUGGUAACUGAACUACCGCAGGGCAUUUUGGGGCUCAUGAGUGGCUUGUUAGGAGCGUGCUUCUUCAAACGAUGUUAUGGAUUGUUUGGAGAGCUGAUGGAUUUCCUGGCGUUACUGAAUGGAGCAAUCAACUUCAUACUUUACUGCUCGAUGUCGAGACAGUUUAGACAAACAUUCCGCCAACUGCUUCUCCAGAGGCGUUUCGCGAGAUUCCUGCCGCCGACCGCGUCUCAUUCUGGCUCUCAUAACCAGAACACGUACACGGAAAAGAUAAAAAGGUAACAAAAGCGGAGCACCAAACUAUUUGAGUAACAAUUGUAAAGACAUCGCUACCCUGAGGUCGGGUCGUGCAAAGAAAUGUCCCGUCAGUGAGUGAACUUUUCCUGUGAACAGUAACACCAGUUAUGACGUGUGGCAACACUGUGUAGUAAAUAUUGUGACAUUAUUAUAUCGACAGCUUUACACGUGGAAUAUUUCGUUGUGUGUUAAUAUUAAUAUAAUCUAUUUAUCAAACGGUAAUGUGUAAGACUGAGAGGUGACAGUGUUAAUGAAGUUAUAUUAAAUUAUUAGAAAUAUUGUUUGAUUAUGAAGUAUGAGUGGUGAGACAGUAACGAUAUUAUAGUCGAGUACUCGGUGUAAAUUAUGUAAUUAAAUUGGUUACUUAAUUAUUGAAUAAAUAUACCUAUGAAUAAAAUAUGUAGUAUGAAUAUAACUCCGUUGAGUACGCGACUCUUUCUUUAGUUAGAGCAAGCGCCGACAGGUCCGUGUGUCCGCCUUUCCGUUUCUUAUUUCCGCGCUAUACAAUUAGGCUCUAAUCAAAUUCUACUAUUUUUAAAAUCACUUAUUGAACGUCGGAAACUACCACCCGCGAGAAAAUCAGCAGGCUUUUUUUAAAUACAAAUAUGGAUAUAAUGUCAAAUUGUACGAUAAAAUUUAUAUACUUAUAUAUUUUUAUGAUUAAAGAGCCUAAUGUCUUCUCUCCAUUCCCGUGGUCUGUGAUAUCAUUAAGAAAAUAAUUUAUGUUAUUAUAACCUUUACCACACAAACGUUUUUUAACAAUUCUUUUGAAUUUCGUAUCACAUAUUUUGUCGUUAUCGUCACUUCACAUCACUCGACGUAACCGAGUAGUAGGCAUAACAAGUUUAUCUUUGUUCAUCGUGUUAACAUUAUGAUUGUUGCAGUUUCUAGCAAAUUCCUAAUGUGGUUAUGAAUAUACAAAACAUUACCGAGAAUGUAUUGAGAAGCAACAGUCAAAAUGUUUAUUUCUUUAAAUUUUCCUCUUAAUGAUACUUUAGGACCUAGGUUAUUAAUCGAGCGAAUAGCCCUCUUCUGCAGCACAAUAUUUGGUAUUAAUAUCGGCUGCAGUGCCCCAUAACGAUAGCCACAGGACAUAAUAGUAUUUCAACUGUAACCGAUGUAGCGACGCUUGGAAGUAGCUCCUCAGUAUUUUGAAUAUUAAACCAACUACGCACACAUUGACAAAAUUUGGUCACACAUUAUCGAGCUGUGAGUUCGUCUAUAGUAUAGACUCUAUACGAUACAAUACUAGUAUACGUCUGAUCCAAGCAUCCGCACGUAAAUCAUAACUAAAUUUUACUUAGUAGAUAAUGUUUUUUUCUCAACAUCAUCUGAUAUAUCAUGUUUCUGAUUAUCGUUAGUAUCUCACCACUCUUGAAAAGUAUUUGUCUUACAAUGAAUGUAUGAGUUAUUAAAAUUAUAUUCAAUAAAAUAAUUUGCUUAACAGAAAACAAUUGUAUCUGGAAAGUGUUGACUUUGAAAAUGUAAAUGUCCGAUUCCUUAUGGUAGUUACUUUUAAUGAAUAAAAUGUAACAUAUAAUAAGAUAAAGUUUAUUGAAUACACUAUUUGCUUUGUA